AUGCGCAGGCGCUCGGCGGCCCUGUUCGGCGGUCGAAAGGGGAGUUCAAGGAGACGGGGCGACGCGGCUGCGGCUGCCUCCUCCGGGUCGGGGCUACCGCCAUCAUGCCGGGGAUAGUGGAGCUGCCUACUCUGGAGGAGCUGAAAGUGCAGGAGGUGAAGGUCAGUUCCUCGGUGCUCAAGGCCGCGGCCCACCACUAUGGCGCGCAGUGCGACAAGCCCAACAAGGAGUUCAUGCUGUGCCGCUGGGAGGAGAAGGACCCCAGGCGGUGUCUGGAAGAGGGCAAGCUCGUCAACAAGUGUGCCCUGGACUUCUUCAGGCAGAUAAAGCUUCACUGUGCAGAGCCUUUCACAGAAUACUGGACCUGCAUCGACUAUUCUGGCCUGCAGUUGUUCCGUCGCUGUCGCAAACAGCAGGCCAAGUUUGACGAGUGUGUGUUGGACAAGCUGGGCUGGGUGCGGCCGGAUCUGGGAGAGCUGUCCAAGGUCACCAAAGUGAAAACAGAUAGACCUUUACCAGAGAAUCCCUAUCACUCAAGACCAAGACCAGAGCCCAACCCUGAGAUAGAAGGAGAUCUGAAGCCUGCCAAGCAUGGCAGCCGCCUGUUUUUCUGGAAUAUGUGAAGAUGGGUCAGUGGCCCGCAGUCACGUGUCCAGACAACCACUGAUGCAGUUUGCAUCGACUGAUAGAGUGUUCUUUCCGGGAUCACAAAUGUUAACAAAAAAGUUAAUUUAUGUGACUUGGCAGUUAUUCUAUACCAUUUCCUGACCAUUAAAAAUUUUAAAGGAAA